UUUUCUUAACUUUUUUAGCAAGUAAAAAAGGGUACUUACAGUACGGACCUCGAACUCGGUUAGUAAGAUGUAUGUUGUUAGGACAGUUACCGACUCGCGUAGCGGAGUAUUUUUGAUGAACUUCGAGGUGUUUGGAAAUGUGGUCAAAAACGGUCUUGAGUGUUUGACAUAUCCUCUCCAUAGAAACUAAAAAUAGGGAGAAAAUCGUAACAAUGUAUGCCAAUGAAGAUCAGAUAUCCAAACACUGUCACAGUCACGAUUUCCUUUGUUUAAACUUGAUGAACACUGAAUUACAUGUAGUGAGUUUGCGAACUCAGAUUAUACAAUCUGUUUUGGAAUUUCAAUGUUUUAUUUUUCGCCCAUGAUUUGUUAAACUACUGACGUUCGUGUGACGUAAGCCGAGGUAAACAAGCGCCGCGAUCUUUUCCCUGAAAAUCCACGAAUUAUAGUAAUGACCGGACGUCAAACGAUUGAAAAAUAAACUUAUAAAUAUUUUAAACUGUAAAUUAGAACUAUUGACGUUUAUAAUAUCUUGCGUGAUUCAGCAAAUUUUGCUCUAAAAGUGUUAACGACCUCUUAAAACUUAUGUUUACUGUUUAAAUUCAAGUGAAACUCAAAAGCACUGCUGUAUUUUUCUGCCUUUGCAUAAACGCCAUAGCUUUGCAAAAUUCUAUCAAAGCGUAAGCAUUUUGUCAAGACGAGGGAAGAAAAAUCUUGGCUUUUCUUCCACAUUUUGUGCCAAGGUUAGGCUUUUUACCCAUGCCCACCAGUGUUGACACAACAUGUACAAAGUGUAGAUUGCUGACCUCAUUGUGCAUAAAUAUUAAAUUUAACAGAUUGCCAUCCAAAAACAGAAUUGUUUUUUUCUUGGCCGCUAAUUGUUAUCGUGGGAAGAACUAACUACGCGCUCUCCAAAGGCUAAAUCCACGGAUUACACCAUCUGGCAAGAAUAGUAAUGAGAAAGAUGAAGCAAUAUUUGUUCCUGGUUUUACCAUGCAAAUAAGUUCCUCAUUGUCAGAGUGGGUGCCGGAGGCUUUCACUCGCAGAAUUCUUUUUAGUCCGGCUGAAGGCCAGAGAUCGUGUUUACGAAAGCCUCCGUCCAAAUCAGCUUUAAUAACACUUGUUACAUCCCUGUAGCCAGGUGGGGCGAGGUGUGGGUUACAUGGGGCUUAUACGUUAUAUAUAAGCUAUAUCAGUAUGUGCAGAGGCAAAGGGGAUGGUUUUUUAGCAUCUUAGUCCGAUAAGGCGAAAGAUUUAGAACAUUUUGUUCUGAGAUGGGGAAGGUUUCCACUGUGGUUCGCACUUUGGCUCUCCCUUCCCCUCCCCCCCCCCCGGGAAAAAAUCCUCAAUUCAACUACAACCAAGGUUACAGUUGAAAAAGGAAAGAAAAGACGGUGACUAGACUUUUUUUGUUAUUAUCGUCUCUAAGCUGCGGCUGUAAAUUAUAGCAUGUGCUUUGUAACAUUUGAGUAAAUUUAUAAAAAACAUGUGGCCGCUUUAGCAGAAGUAACCUUGGAUUCAGUAAAGCACACUCUCUCUUUGUCAGAAAUAAAUGCAAAUUUCCUUCACAGGCUUGUAAUUUUCUAAGCUUGUAAAUCAAUUUACAUAUCCAUCAAGUUAUAUUUGAAGUGAACCGCUGCCAAAAGUUGCGACUCAAAACUGUGAAGAUUUCACAAAAAGAAACAGCAACAAAAACACGAGAACAGAAACACGCAAUGGAAAUCCAUCUGUGCAUUAAGUCUUAGUUCUGUAUAUUUAGGGGCUCGUUUGGCUCGGCAGUGGGUGAAAUGAAAGAAGGAGGAAUAAUCUUUAUCUAAUAUUCAGUGGCACGUUAGGUUCGGCGGUGGAUGCGCCGGGCUUUUCUGUUAACAAAGUAGCAAACGAUCCAAACGAGCCGGCUCGAUUAAUGGGUGGUGAAAGAUAGCCAUAUUCUGCGAUUACGCCUGAGAAAAUCUGGCUUCGCACGCAAAAAAAAAGAAAAAGUUUUCACUUAUAAAUAGUCGCAAAUAAACAAAGGGCAAGAAAAAAGUGGUUCACUAGAAGAACAUUAACAUUUUGGGACUGCACUUUCCUGCUGAAACAAUUUUCUGUGCUGUCACACACGGACUAAACAUCUCCUUAACCCACCCCCGUGAAAGACUCAUGGCACGAAAAAAUAUUACGAUCACGUUUUUCACGCACAAAUCACAUUGACGCGUGAUAACUGGCAAGUACUGAGCGAAAAUAGAGCGUUAACUCUCUCUCGCCCGUUAAAAUGUAUCUUGAUAACAGGAAAACAACAGAGAAAGCUUAGCAAGUAGAAUUCAGCGUUUGCAAUAAAAUUGUUCAUGGCAUCCACCUGCUUUGAAUAUAUUGACACAAGCUGCUGAAUGUGCGAAACUCGGGUAGAAAAUGAAAAAAAAAUUCUGUUAUCUGUCGAUUCAUCAUUAAACUGGUGAUAAAUUAAAUUUGAUUAAAACGAAAGUAGAAAUACUUAACCUGGAAAAACACAAAGUAAUAACUUGGACGCGGCUCUGUCACGACAGACAUGAUCGUUUAUCUUUUAAAGCCCAUAUUUAGCAUUUAGGUUUUUUGACAGAGUUGGGUUUUUGAUCAAUAAUUGAUCGACUUUGUUUGGCAUUGGCGCCAAGUAGCCAUUCAGCGCCCACGAAUAACAAGGACCGCCUCGCUGAAUUUACAAGCAAAAAGAAAAGCGAUACACGUCUCACGCUUAGAUCCCAGCUGUCCUGGGCAAGAUAUGCGGCAUACGCGUGUUAGAAAUGACUCCCCGUGCCGACAUGGAGAUUUGUUAACAGUAGAUACGAGAUUUCAGGCGUAACAUCGAGAAGAAACUAGCGACAAAGAGCACAGCUCACGUUGCAGGAUGAUUUUUACGCAGAUUUUUCGUUACCUGGACGAUAGAGACGCUGAAGAGGUCCGGCGUCAAACCACUGACAAUUCAGACAACUCGAAAUCGCGGCCGAUCGCUGAUUCUCGGUUUCAAGGGGUUCCAGCGGAGAAACAAGAUAACAAAUUUGGGCAGAUUUCUUGCAAAGGUGUUCCAUGUUUACUUCCAGAAGGCAAGCAAACAAGCAGAACUAAAGCGCUGUCCAGCGCUCCACUAGCUCAAGGAUUUUCAACUUUACGCGCAGAUACACGUAGCAGUCCAAAGACAACAACAGUUCAUACAGUUUUGCCCCCGAUUGCAAAAGCACCAAUAAGAACGGGCGAAAAACCGCUAGUAGUCAAUGACAAAAUCCCAGCAAAACUACCACCAAUCGACCCAUUGACAGGCAAAGCAAGACUGUGUACGAAGAAAACGAGGUCGUGUUCAAAGAUGAAUGGAGAAACGUUGUGUGAAAACACUAUGAACGCGACACAAUACCCGGGGGGACAUCAACGGCGUUCGCGAACACCGCAAGAUCGCGCCGGGCUACUGAACAACGAUGGGAAAGUUAAGCAGGCAAUUGAUCUUGCCGGAGAGAUGAAUGAUUGUCUAAUAAAGGACUCGAAAGUUGUGGAGAGCUUGCAGAAAGAACGGCGGAGAACGCAGUUUUCAUUUGACGAUAUGUCUUUGGCCAAAGUCAGCAUAAAGAGUACUUUUAAUCAGCGAUAUGCCAAAAAACUAGACAGCGAAAGUACGAAAAUAGCCGAAUCAACACAGGCUGAUGGGAUUAACGCAGAAAAAACUAGCAAUUACUUAAUUUCAGGGCAGUUCGAGACGAAUAAGCCUUUUCCAGAUAGUGAGGAAUCACGCGAGCAAUACAGAAAGAUAGGAGAUGUAUACACAUUACUAGCAGUAAGCGAACACAACACACAAGAUGGAAGACUGUCAGUAGAACGAAACAUUGAAGCCGUAAAGACUCGAUGCAAUAGCUCACCCUGUGUACAAAGCGCAGAAUAUUUACGUUUGCAAACAUUCAACGCUUCUAAUAAUCACGUGUGUGGCUCCUUAGUAACGGAGGGAAAGAGCGAAACCAUGGUUCGCUUGAUUACCUUCGACAAAGGAAGACGAAAUGCAAUCUGUGAAGUCCUAGAAAAAAGCAUUGGACCUGAAUAUGGUUCAAGUUUGUACGAAAAGCGGCAAAAUUUAAUGAGCAUGUGAAGAAGGCUUUCAAGGGAAACGGGAUCAAAAUGAACUCAUAGCCAGGUGAUUUAUGUGUUUUGAAACUGCAAAAUUUCCGCGCUGUUUCACCACGACAUCCGCUUUCAGUGUGCAAAAGACGAAAAAGCCUCGUGUCAAACUCAUGCAUUGAACAGGAAAAGGAUGUUUUGUCGCUCAACGGAAAACGCCAACUCAAUUUUGUUGACAAUCGUAAUUUAAGUUUUAUUUUCUCGUCGCCGUUUAAUGUUUUAACGCGAUUUCAAGGAACGAUCCGACAAAUAGUUUCAAGGAAAACCGACGUUGUAAAAAUAAUAAAAAAAAUAAUGCUAAGAAUUAUGAAGUAAUUCACUUAUUUUAAUGAACGGUGAGAAGAUUUUGACAGAAUAUCCGGUGGUAUAAAUAUAGGAGUUACUUGUGUAAAGAACUAUUGGUAAAAAGCAACACCUGAUCUGAAUUUUAAUUUGACUCUCAGAAUAAAUUACAGUUUAGCUCGA